AAUUUAGAAAUGACUAAAAGACCCUAAAGAACGCGUAUCUGUAACCGUGAGCUGUUUGAUUUACUAAUAACUGUUUGCUUUCAACACGGGGGACAAAGUGAGGCGGGUGGAAGAUGUUCGGUCCGAGCAUCCCCCCCCAGCCCAACCCCGGCUGCCGCGGCGGUGCCCAGCGGAGCGUCCGCGCCUCUCCGCGGGGCAGGAGCAGCAGCAGCAGCUAACCCACACUCCCCCACCCCCUCCUCCUUCCUCCCCGUGCGGGGUGUCGGGGCGAUGCUGUGUAAUUUUAUCCACGCUGCGCUCUGGGAGUUCACACGAGAGCUAUACCUUUCGCCUCCUCUGCUUUGUAUCAAUUGGUCGCAGAUCAAGCUAUUGUUGCACGAAGCUGCUUUUGUUUCUAUGCUCCGUCGAUCAACUAUUUCCCCCGCAGUCUGCCGAAAUUCAGCGGGUGUCUCCCUCUUCUCUGUCUCCCCCUCCCUCCUCCUGCCUCUCUGUCUCUCCUGCAUGCCGUCUGUCUAGCUGGAAACCUAAGGAGAAGGCUGAUCACGGCAGCUCCGUCUAAUACAAACAGCUGGGACUCUUCGGUGGCCUUUGCUGAUGUCUAUUGCUUUAAGUAAAUCUGAGACAUAUAAAAGGGCCAGAUCGGGGCCGAAAAAACCUUGCCAAUGCUUCGCGACCCGAAGCAGCGUGUGCUCUGCAACUUCGGAGUGCUGCUAGCAAGACGGCUUUAAUGGGACCCCUGGUGCCAUUAGCUCCAAGCCUCCAUCUCCCCAGCAGACUAAGCGCUGCGGCCAUCAUGCCACAAUGGUUAUAACUUGGAUCUUGUUCCUGACUUUGUUGCAGGAGCCGUGGGCCCCGGGGAAGGCCACCGGAGCCCCCUCGAGCGACCCCCGGCCGCGCCGGGAUGCGGGGGGCCGCGGCGGCGUCUACGAGCACCUCGGGGGAGCGCCCCGGCGGAGGAAGCUCUACUGUGCCACCAAGUACCACCUCCAGAUCCACCCCAGCGGCAGGAUCAACGGCACCUUGGAGAAAAACAGCGUCUACAGUAUUCUUGAAAUAACUGCUGUUGAUGUUGGAAUCGUUGCCAUCAAGGGCUUGUUCUCUGGCAGAUACCUAGCCAUGAACAGAAGGGGCAGACUUUAUGCAUCAGAAAACUAUAAUGCGGAGUGUGAGUUUGUGGAGAGGAUCCAUGAAUUGGGUUACAAUACUUAUGCGUCCCGUCUCUACCGAACUGUACCUAACAGAGCAGGCACUAAGCGCAAAGCCAGUGCAGAGAGACUCUGGUAUGUCUCAAUCAAUGGGAAAGGACGACCCAGAAGAGGCUUUAAAACUCGCAGAACACAGAAAUCCUCUCUCUUUCUGCCCAGAGUAUUGGAUAACAAAGACCAUGAGAUGGUUCGACUGUUCCACACAAACGUGAAGUAUCGAGAGAGUCUCCUGAAGCCCCCAAACAGGAACCAGCGAAGAAGGAGAGGACACUGAUGGGGGUGGAGGAAACCUCUAUGGGGGCUGGAAGUGACUGAGAGUCUUCAAAACACUACUAAAAACUAACAAACAGCUGUGAUUUUAUGACAGGCAUUAACACGGACAGUUUUUAUGCACUGUAUAAUAUAACCGACAGUCACAUCACUUACUUUUAGCUAUUGUAGAAUUUUUAUCUGUGGUAAAAGAGAUGUAAGAUAAACUAAGGCACAUUCAAAUGUAUAUUGAUUGGAUGUAAUAAUUUUGUCAAUGACUUUCACAUCCUUUUUUCUAAAAAAAAGAAACCCCAACAAAACUAUUUCAUUACUAGUAUUUUCAUUCUAACUUGCCAGAGAGUGUUAUCUCAGUGACCCUGUCUUCCCAGAGCACACAGAUGUUUUAUACUUACCGACUUUGAGUCCACAGAGAAGGUAUACUACUUUCAUGGCUCUUUUGGCAGUUCUUCAUAAAAGGCUACAUUCCUAUUUUUAUGGAAUACGGGAGCUAGAAAACUGGUUUAUUUUUUAACUUACAUAUGUUUAGUUUAUGAUCAGCCAGUAUCAUAGAAUCACAGGCUGGUUUUGGUUGGAAGAGAUGACCUUAAAGCUCAUCCAGUUCCAACUCCUUGCCAUGGUCAGGGACAGGUUGCUAGACCAGGUUGCUCCAAGCCCUGUCCAACCUGGCCUUGAACACUGCCAGGGAUGAGGCAGCCACAGCUUCUCUGGGCAGCGUGUGCCAGCGCCUCAGCACCCUCACAGGGAAGAACUUCUGCCUAAGAUCUCAUCUCAAUCUCCCUUUGUUAGGUUAAAGCCAUUCCCCCUUGUCCUGUCCCUACAGACCCUUGUCAGAAGUCCUCCUCCAGCUUUCUUGUAGCCCCCCUUUAGCCUCUGGAAGGUAUAGGUAUCAAUUACACUGUCCAAGAAAAGUAAAGUUGUAAGCUACUUCAAACAUUUCAAUAGAGCUACACAUUACUAGAUUAUUCUUGAAUUUGUUUAAUUAAAAAACACAGGACACCUUGCCUGGUCAUUCAAUAAAUGAAUGUUGGUAGAGUGGCAUUUGCAUUGGCCAAGCUUUAGCAAUAUAUACCUGUUAACCAACUGAUGAAUCUUCUCCUAAAAUAAGACCCAAAUAGGAUGUGGAAAUUGAAUUUGUGGUGUGGACUGAACUUGUGAUAUAGGAAAAUUCCACAUUGGGGAUGAGUAUCAGGUACUUCUGUUUAGCUAAGUUUUCAACAGGAAGUCCUAGUUCUAGGUUAAAUAUGUUUUAACUAUUUGGAGGUCGAAAUAACAGUCCCACUGGGCGUACAAAAACUGUAGUGACACUGAUUUAAGGUGGUUGCUAUGUUCUGAUUUUCCUUUCUGUUCCAACACUUGUUAUUUUCACUAGUCCUAAACCGAAAUCUACAAAUCCAGAUAGGGGUUAAUGAUCUUGCAUUUUGGUUCAAUCCAUAUAAAACUAUGUUUCUAGACAUUUUUCUACUCCAGUUCUGGAAGUUGACUUUUACAAAGUUGAAGGGAUUCCACAUCACAAGUUUAAUUUUGAGCAAGAGGUUAAGCUUUAAAAAUGUCUCUUGACAUCCAUGGAGACGAUAGAGUACCACAAAGAUUUAGAUGUGCUUGACAAGCCCAAAUAACAGUCAUUUCAAUGAGAUUUGGCCUUAUGCUCUUCACUUCCUAGAAUUAGACCUUGAUCCAGCACAGCUGGAGACAAGAGAGGCUGCACUGAAAUAAAAAUUCUAUCUGAAUUUAACCAAAGGUCUGUAAGUUAAAUACAACAUUAUAGAGAAUCAGACAGGAGCAAAUCCCAUUCCUGGUCAUAUUGACACAAAAGUCUUCCUGUGAGCUACCUACUGAAUAACAGUAUAAUCAUUUAAAACUAGGUAGUGUGAAUCUUCCAUCACUAAGAGGGGAAUUCUGUGAGAGAGAGACAUAAAAUGAGUCCAUAGAAAGAGUUUACUAAGCCUAGUAGCUACAGGUUUAGCACUGCUUAUAUCCCUACAAAGCUAAAACCAGAAAGGUAUCUUUAUAUCAAAAAGUAUGCACCUUUGUAUAUUUUUUGUAAUACUCCAACAAAGAAGGAAACUCUGAAUAAGAAAGUCAAAAG